GCUUUGAUUUUUCAGUGAAAACGAAAGCAAAGUAUUGGAGAAGGCGAGAGAGAUGGCUAGAUACGAUCGAGCAAUUACAGUCUUCUCCCCCGACGGCCACCUCUUUCAAGUCGAGUACGCCCUUGAAGCCGUCCGCAAGGGCAACGUCGCCGUCGGUGUCCGCGGCACCGAUACCGUCGUCCUCGCCGUGGAGAAGAAAUCUACACCCAAGCUUCAGGAUUCUAGGUCAGCCAGAAAAAUUGUGAGCCUUGACAAUCACGUUGCCUUGGCGUGCGCUGGGCUAAAGGCAGAUGCACGUGUGUUGAUUAACAAGGCGAGGAUUGAGUGUCAAAGCCACAGGCUUACACUUGAGGACCCUGUCACUGUCGAGUACAUCACCCGCUACAUUGCCGGCCUUCAACAGAAGUAUACCCAAAGCGGUGGUGUCAGACCCUUUGGUCUUUCUACUCUUAUCGUCGGCUUUGACCCUUACUCUCGUGUCCCUUCGCUCUAUCAGACUGAUCCAUCUGGAACUUUCUCUGCUUGGAAAGCUAAUGCUACCGGGAGAAACUCCAACUCUAUCAGGGAAUUUCUUGAGAAGAACUUCAAAGAAACCUCUGGCCAAGAGACUGUUAAACUCGCUAUUCGUGCUCUGCUUGAGGUUGUUGAGAGCGGAGGAAAGAACAUUGAGGUAGCUGUGAUGACACGGGAGGAAAGCGGUCUUCGCCAGCUUGAAGAAGCUGAAAUUGAUGCUAUUGUGGCCGAGAUCGAAGCAGAAAAGGCAGCCGCUGAAGCAGCCAAGAAAGGCCCUCAAAAGGAUACUUGAUAUUAUCUCCACUUCAGUUUGUCUACUUUUUGAUGUUUGUGGUUCCAAGACCUCUGUUACACAACAUUCAGCAGCUAUUUCUUGCUUUUCGAUAGUUAUCUCGACGUUGAUAAUUGUCUUUCAUUUGUUGGUUUGUUUGUCCUUGAGCUUGCCUCCAGUACCAUGACCAAACCAACUCUGAUUAUUUGUUGAGAGGUGACGCAAUUAGAGCAGCGGUUUUAUGACUUGAGGAGAAAUAUGUGACUCACUUAGACCAGCUUUUCCAUGAGGUGUGUAUGUAAUUCAUGGGCUUAACAACGACCCCUCUUGUGACCUA